AUGUCUCGCACAAAUUCUGACACUCAGCACUUGUCUAACUCCAGGGUAGUUAUUGUGGUCAUCCUGUGUUGUUUCACCUUGUUCUUGAUCUUCACACUUGCUGUGUUCUGGGGGGUGCAGAUAUAUUCAAGGCUCGUGCUACCAUUAUUUCCAAGAUCCUGGAGUCAGGAAUCGGGAACGAAUGGUUGCAAUGAGCUUCCCCCUUCCUACGAGGAGACCCGACUAUCAGACAACCCCUAUGUUUACCCGGGAAUAAAGCCAUCGUAUUCCGUUCAGGAGCUGAAGCAGCUGCGGUGCUAUCUUGAUCACAGAGGCAGGCUGUGCCAUGUUACUGUGGCGCAGCGAGUCGAUCCCCAGACAAUGAAGGAAUACGACGAGAUCCAGCUCUCCAAGGACAGUCUGCCAGACUACAGUAGCGACGUUUUGUCCCUCGAGACUCCAAGUCCUUGCCACAACCCAGAGUCAAGGUAA